UAAAAAAAAAAAAAAAAAAGGAACGAAGAAAGAAACCCUGGAAGUCCUCUUGGCUGCGGCACGUUUUUUUUGCCAGAAGGUGAAAGAAGAAAUCGGAAGUGACGUCGUGGCGAAAACAAGCCCGGUCUUGGGGACCUGUGCUCAAUCUGUGACCACAAACGGGAAGGCCCGACUCGCUCUCUGCUGUCAAAGGUGGUCGCAAGGUUCUGCGCGCCCACUCGGUCGGCCUCUUGCCCUUGUCCCCGGCAUCCGCUCACCACGGGUGAGCGAGUUUCAGCCUGGGACUUUUCCGGCACAGCUAGCCGGUGGCGACAGAGCGGACUUCCCUCCCUACAAGCGUCUCCCCUCCAGCGGGCUCCUGUCCUGGGACGCCGAGACACCUGUCGCCAAUUUUUUAAUAUCCAGAUUCCAAGAAUACACUGGAUACUGCUCUAUAAAACCAAGAGGAAGUCAUGAAGAAAUGUUUUAAUUGAGUCUACAGUGAAAAUUAUGGCUACUUCAGCAAAUCUGGAUAUUGGAGCCCAACUGAUAGUGGAAGAGUGUCCCAGCAGUUAUAGUCUAACUGGCAUGCCAGACGUUAAAAUAGAACAUCCACUGGACCCAAAUGCAGAAGAAGGAUCAGCUCAGGGUGUUGCCAUGGGAAUGAAAUUCAUAUUGCCUAACCGAUUCGAUAUGAAUGUGUGUUCUCGAUUUGUGAAGUCCUUAAAUGAAGAGGAUAGUAAAAACAUUCAAGAUCAGGUUAACUCUGACCUGGAGGUGGCAUCUGUCCUAUUUAAAGCUGAAUGCAAUAUCCAUACAUCUCCGUCUCCGGGAAUUCAAGUAAGGCAUGUCUACACCCCCUCUACAACAAAACAUUUCUCACCCAUAAAACAGUCAACUACUUUAACCAACAAACACAGAGGAAAUGAGGUCUCUACCACACCUCUAUUAGCAAAUUCUUUGUCUGUUCACCAGUUGGCUGCUCAGGGAGAGAUGCUCUACCUGGCUACUCGUAUUGAACAAGAAAAUGUUAUCAAUCACACGGAUGAAGAAGGAUUUACUCCUCUGAUGUGGGCUGCAGCACACGGGCAAAUAGCUGUGGUAGAGUUUCUACUUCAGAAUGGUGCUGAUCCCCAACUUUUAGGAAAAGGUCGAGAAAGUGCACUGUCAUUGGCCUGUAGUAAAGGUUAUACAGAUAUUGUCAAAAUGCUGCUUGAUUGUGGAGUUGAUGUGAAUGAAUAUGACUGGAAUGGAGGGACACCUUUGCUUUAUGCUGUACAUGGAAAUCAUGUGAAAUGUGUAAAGAUGCUCUUAGAAAAUGGAGCUGACCCAACAAUUGAAACUGACUCUGGAUAUAAUUCUAUGGAUUUAGCUGUAGCUCUGGGCUAUAGAAGUGUUCAACAGGUUAUUGAAUCACAUUUUUUGAAGCUGCUUCAAAAUAUCAAGGAGUAGACAUAGUCAUCAAAAAUGUCUGCCCUGCCAUUUACUUUUACAAAUGAUAGUUUUGUUUACUUAUAAAUUUUUACCUCAGUUGCAAUAUUUACUGAUUUUUAGUAAGUUUUAAUAAAUAUUUCUCUGAGUAAUUCACUGGUUUAUAAUAAAUUUAAUGUUGAUGCUUUUUUUAUAAAUGUUUUACUGCAUAUUUAAAAGUAUAAAUUAAUGUUUCAUGGUUUGUAAAUUUUUAUGGUACAUAUAGUUAUCUGUCUUUGUAUAAAGUGUUGUAAUUUGACAUUUUCAGAAAUUAUUCUGCCCUAUUCAUCUUCAUUCUUGUACUAUAAACCCACUUAAAAAAUGCUGUUAUUGUUGAAUUUUAAAAGUGCACAGUGUGAUUGUUUACAAAGUGGUAUUAUAAGUAAAUAAAGUACUUUUUAUGUCAGUUUU